CGAUGGCGAUCUCCGUCAGAUCCGGUCGAGGAGGCGCAGCAGGGGAUGGAUCCAUAUCCGGGGAUGGCGUGCAGGUGAUCUAUGAGGCGCGGGAGGAGGUCCGGUGGCGGGGCUUGAACUCCAAGUUCAUGGCCGCGGCGUUCCUCAUUGGAUCCAGGAGCGGUGGACGGCGGCCACGGAUUCGGGAGCGGUCGCGGGCGCCGCGGAGGAGGCGGUGGCGACGGCGAGCUCGCACGGAACGGCGGCCCGCACGGUGCGGCGUGGCCCGACAGAGGAUCCUUCGCCGGUGGGAAGGCAGGGGGAGGAGGAUGGGCGGCGUCGGCGCCAGCGUGGUCAGACUUGGCUUGGAGGCGACAUCCUAAACGCUCCCCACCUCCACGCACUCGCCGCGUUCUGGCGUUGUGGUCGUCGUCAACCUCGCCGAAGAAGGGAUCGCCGUUGCCCGAGAAGGUGACUAGCGCGCUGCUGCUGGGCUCGUUCGUGGCGCUGGUGUUCCGGUCAUCCGAGCAACAGCCAUCUACUAUUAAUUCUUUCUGUUCUUGCUGCAACCGUCACAUACCAAGCUGGUAUGAGCCCUCCGGGAGGUGUAUGGUCAGAUGACAAGGAGGUCAGUGGCACACCAGGCAAUCCAGUACUUCAGCACAAUCAUUCAAAACGCUAUGAUGUGUUCUACUACUCAAAUUCUGCCACAUUCAUGUCAUCUGUGGUUAUCACAAUACUACUUCUGAACAAGAAAUCCUGUGAGAAUGGUAUCAAGUCUUAUGCACUGCGAGUAUGUCUGGUGGUGGGCUUGGUUGGCCUCUUGAUUGCCUAUGCUGCAGGAAGCUGCAGGAGAUCAAAAGAAUCUAUUUAUCUCAUCAUCAUCGUUGCUGCAGUUCUGAAAUCUCUUGUGAUUCAAGUCCUUAUACUCUCUUCAACGCAUGAUACAGUAGGAGGGCCAUGGAGCAAAUGCAUGGAACGCCUGCUGAAGCGGCUUCUUCGUCUGAAGGAUCGCGGGCAACAAACUGUUCCUGAUCAGCAAGGAAGUUUGGAACAUGAUGAGAAAAAUGAGAGGAAGAGGCACAAAUAUCUGAUGCUCCUUGCAGUAUUAGUAGCCUCCAUCACAUACCAAACUGGUCUGAACCCGCCUGGUGGUUUAUGGUAUGAUGAUCCCAACCAUGUUGCAGGCAAUCCAAUCCUUCAUGAUAUUCAUCCCUGGCGAUACAGGACAUUCUUCAUCUUCAAUGGUAUCUCCUUCAUGGCAUCUAUUGUUGUGAUCAUGUUUCUGUUAGAAAAAUCUGUGAGGAAGAAGGUUGUUACACUGGAGGUAUUGCAUUUGAUCAUGAUACUAGAUCUUCUAGCUCUUAUGACAGCUUUUGCUGCGGGAAGCUGCCGAAAAUUCAGGACUUCAAUGUAUAUGCUAUUCUACACUGCUUGUUCUCUGAAAUCUGAAUUGUCGGUUGUACAGUCAGUGCUGAACUGCAGUAAUUUACUGCAUUUGCAUCUGAAUUGUACAUUUAAUAAGUUAAUACUUGAGUGUUAAGAUAGAUCACUAAUCUAGCUGGGGCUUUAUCGUGGUUUUCUUGCUGUUAAAUAUGUCCAUCAGCACACACUUUCUGUUCGUAUGCUCCUACUUUCUGUCUAGGUACUUGAUGUCUCUUAGUAUAUGCCUGCAGAGCACAGGGAUCCACUUCAUGAGUGCAAGGUUAGGUUGCAUCUCUAUUCAUGUUCUGAAAUUAUUUCCAGAUGCAGUGCCAAGUCAGGGUGCACGACAAGUCAGCCAUCCGCACUAAGUUGGCGGCAGCAAGGGUGUGUGGGGCGUCGCGAGGAGCGCCCCGGUUGAAGGUUCUGGCCCUCGCCAUUGAGACCACUGUUGUCGUCCCCGAGUACAUCUGGUGACAUAUGCUGGUGCAGGAAAUAUUAAGGUAACUAUUAGUUGCAGAUCACAUGUUCCUUUCUUUGAAAAGUUGAUGGUAAUAAAAAUAUAUAUAACACAGUUACAUAAUCCCACAAGGCAAGCCCAGAGCUGGUCACUGUAUCAUUGUACUGAAUAACUCCUAAGAUUUACCAAAAACACAUUUUUCUCGUGCUUCACUAUUGCUUCGUAAGGAAUGAAAAUAAGAAUACAUGUAAGUUUCAGCCUGGGCCUAAAGAAGAAUUAACUUGUUUUUCCCGUGCGAGAACAUUUUUUUAAGAAGAAGAUGAGGAGAACUUUCUUUUGAGAAGAAGAUGAGGAGAACUGAGAGGGAGCGAAAGCCGUUUCUCUUUUAUUUCUUUUUUUUAUGGAAUAGCCCAUUAAGAAGGUAAAUGUAGGCCUACACUUAAUUGUGAUUAUGCACUAGGAUGUAUUUUAGAGCUGAGGAUUCAGAGUUUUGUAAACAACAAUUGUAUGUAGACUUACUUUCAUUUGGAAGCUAUGUGGUUCAACUGUC